AUGUCCAGUAUAUUGCAUGCAGCGUCUGAGGUGAAAUGGAAUAAGAGCGCAGCCGCCAGACGAGCCGUGUUUCUCGCGGCUGCUGCAUACGGCUUAAAAACCCUGUACCCUAUCAUCUACAAACGGAUCGGUAAACGCACAGAGCCCAAAAGCACCGCUAACGGAAACCGAGCGCAGAAUGGACUAGUGCCGACGCAUAUAUCCAUAUUAGAAAGCGUUUCCGGUCCAGAUGACAAUCACAGAUCGCCUGGCGUGGACGCGCGCUUCUUUAGACAGAUCCUCGAUCUUCUCAGAGUCAUUUUUCCGAAGCUCGCGACCCGAGAAUUGGCCUUGCUUUGCUUGCACUCGGCGGCUCUGGUCUCGCGGACGUUCCUGUCAAUCUACGUGGCCGGCUUGGAUGGCAAGAUUGUCAAGAGCAUCGUGGAGAAGCGGCCGCGCAGCUUCAUUUUCAAGCUGAUGAAGUGGCUGCUCGUGGCCGUGCCUGCCACAUUCGUAAACAGCGCGAUCCGCUACCUGGAGGGUAAGCUCGCGCUGGCCCUGCGCACGCGCCUCGUGGAGCGCGCCUACGCGACCUACUUCGCCGGCCAGACGUACUACCGUGUGGCGAACAUGGACGCGAGGCUGGCCAAUCCCGACCACUCGCUCACGGAGGACGUUGCGAUGUUUGCGCAGUCUGUCGCGCGCCUCUACUCCAACCUCACCAAGCCAGUGCUAGAUGUGAUCCUGACUUCAUACACGCUCAUCCAGACCGCGAGGUCGCGUGGCGCCGGGGCCACGGGGCCCACGCUGCUAGCCGGCCUCGUGGUGUUCAUCACUGCUAAAGUGCUGCGCUGGUGUUCCCCGAAGUUCGGCCAGCUGGUUGCUGAGGAGGCGCGCAGGAAGGGGCACCUGCGCCACGCCCACUCGAGGAUUAUCGCUCAAGCAGAGGAGAUUGCCUUCUACGGAGGGCAUAAGGUAGAGAUGCUGCAACUGCAGAAGUGCUACAAGGCUCUUGCUGAGCAGAUGAAUCUGAUCUUGUCCAAGCGUCUGUGGUACAUCAUGAUUGAACAGUUCCUCAUGAAGUACGUUUGGAGUGGAUGUGGACUUGUUAUGGUGGCAGUGCCUAUCAUCACAGCCACCGGUUUUGCUGACAAUGAACUUGCAGAUGGCCAAACGCAAGUGUUAGUGAGUGAGAGGACAGAAGCCUUCACGACUGCACGCAAUCUUCUAGCUUCAGGGGCAGACGCUAUUGAGAGGAUCAUGUCCUCCUACAAAGAGGUCACUGAGCUGGCUGGAUACACAGCCCGAGUUCACAACAUGUUCCUGGUGUUUGAGGAGGUGCAGAGGGGUGUGUAUAAGCGUCCACUGGUCUCUGCGACAACAACAGCUGGAGAAAAUGGUGGUGGGAAGCCUGAGCUUCACAUUGAUGGUCCACUAGAGAUCAAAGGAAAAGUGAUCGAUGUGGAUAAGGGUAUAGUGUGUGAGAGUGUUCCCAUCAUCACUCCAAAUGGGGAUGUGGUUGUGUCCAGCCUGAACUUUAAGGUAGAGGAAGGCAUGCACCUGCUUAUCACAGGACCUAAUGGCUGUGGGAAAAGCUCUCUCUUCCGCAUCCUUAGUGGCCUCUGGCCUGUGUACAGUGGCAUGUUGUACAAACCUGCUCCACAACACAUGUUCUAUAUCCCACAGAGGCCUUACAUGUCUAAUGGGACACUGCGUGAUCAGGUGACAUACCCCGACUCUGUAGAGGACAUGCAUGACAAGGGCUAUAGAGACAAAGACCUGGAAGACAUUCUGGAUAUCGUCAACCUCAAACACAUCGUCACCCGAGAAGGAGGUUGGGAAGCAGAGGUGGACUGGAAAGAUGUGCUCUCAGGAGGAGAGAAGCAGCGGAUGGGCAUGGCUCGGAUGUUCUACCACAAGCCCAAAUAUGCCCUGCUGGAUGAGUGCACAAGUGCUGUUAGUAUUGACGUGGAGGGUAAAAUAUUCCAGGCUGCAAAGGAUGCUGGGAUCUCCUUGCUUUCUAUUACCCAUAGGCCCUCUCUAUGGAAGUACCACACACACCUGCUGCAGUUUGACGGUGAGGGAGGUUGGCGGUUCGAGCAGUUGGAUACAGCAACUCGGCUCUCUCUCACUGAGGAGAAGCAGCGUCUGGAGGCUCAGCUCGCCGGCAUUCCCAAAAUGCAACAGAGACUGAAUGAACUGUGUAAGAUCCUGGGUGAGGACUCUGUGCUGAAGACAAAUGAGGCCAGUGAUGGGGAAUGAGAGACAGGGAGCUAGAGUUACAGCACAUGCACACUGCACGCCAGACAUCAGCAACUCCCACCAAAUCCAGACUGGUCAGCGCUUUGAGACUGAAAUGCAACUUUAUCCAUUACUGUGUGAGUUAGGUUCUUGCCACUCACUAUCCUUUGCAUAUUUAUUCACUACUCCAAAUUGACAAUGAAUGGGAGAAAAAUUCCAGUGUGCACGUAUCCUUACACCAUCCUUAAACUACCUGCAGUUUCUGCAGCGUUAAUCAGUGAUUUUUAAAGUUUAAAAACAAAUGCCAAUUUACUGUCUUCUUUUCCCGUAUGGAAAAUCUCUCAUGUCUUAGCUAUGUUUGAUCUCAGAGUUCAGAGAUCAUUUUAGUUAAGCUGUUUGUAGAUAUAUUUUAGCAGUAUAAUUUGCUGCUUCAGACAAUGGGGUUGAUUGUAACAUAUAUGUGACUUUUAUGUUUUUUUUAUUGUUGUACAUGUCAUAAUGACAGCUAUCUGCUUCUUUCAGGAAAUAUCUGUACCUGCUAUGAUGCGGCUUAUCGUUUUGUUCUUUUUAGUGACUUAACUGUGACUUAACCCUUAACAGAUCAUUUCUCACCCUAAAAUAUGAAGUUGAUAUUUCUUUAGUAACAGUUAUUUUAGUGACUAAUUGGUGCUAUAAUUUAUGAUCUGCUUUUGUCAGUGACUUGUUUGAUUAGUAAGCAUCGGUUUUAGUUUCAGCAUUUGGACUUUGAGCUUUUCUGGGUUCUGGUAUGACAAAAGAGACCUUGUUUCAUCUAAUAUUCAUACAUUCAUCUUCAGUAACCACUUUAUCCUAGUCAGAGCUGUGAUGGAUCUCGUGUGGAUGCAGCGGAAACAUACCGUAGGACGCUAGUCCAUUGCAGGGCACCAUGCACACACACACACACACACAUAUUCACACCUAAAAGGAAAUUUAUUAUCCACCUACAAGCAUGUUUUUUGAAUACAUACAAAAUCACCCUAGCUCACCUAGACACAUACAAAAUCACCCUAGCUCAGGAUCAAAUGGGCAACCCUGGACCUGUGAGGCAGCAACACUACCUGCUGCUCCACUAUGCUGAACAAUCAUCAAAUAGAUAUAGAUAAUACACAAUACAUAAAUUAUCUACUAGGCCGUUAUGAUCUUUUCAUUGUGCUGUUUUUUUGGAAUCUGGACUCCAGCAUGGCAGAGAUGAAGAGCUGUUUCAUGGCUAGCUCUGGCGAUGACACCCUAGAACAAAUACAAUUCACACAGGUUAAUGGUGUGACUUACAGUUUGGUUAAAUCCAGAAGCAUUUUGGCAAUAACCCAGAGGACCAGAUGGUUCUUUUACUUUUAUGUUUUACUGACAACAAGCCUAAUUAUGAUUUGACAUAUACACUGGUUUACAAUGUUGCAGUACCUGCUUGAAGACACAAAAAAGUGUCUUGUAUUCUGUACAGUCUGAUAAGUAAUAGACUGCAGGCUGAUAAUGGAUGUUUUGUGACCUUAGUACAGACAUUUUAAGCUUCUGUCUCCCAUUCAUUUUUUGCCCAGACAGAGCCUUAUAAUAUUAAGGUCACUUUUUUUUUUUUUAAUGUUAUCAUGACUCAGUCAAACAUGUCUGUCUCUUGAUGGACUGAUAUACUGUGAAUUUUGUCUGUGCUGAUUUGAUGAUUUCUUGUCAGUGACUUAUGAGCAAAUGCAUUUUAAUACAUUGCUCUCCAGCUUGUCAUUAUGUGGUUUGACUUUGAUAGGCUUGAUAAUAUUCUGUACAAAUGUUUUAUGCUUUGCAUUGGAAACUCACAAGUUUAGAAAGUCUAGGAGCUCAUUUCUUUGUUGACUAAUUGUUUCCGGCAUUUGAAACAUGCCGGAUGCCAGUUGCAUUCACAUUAGAUAUCAUCUUUAUUUCUCCUUUCAGUAUCUGUGUUAAGGCCUGUGUCAUUCUCUAGUAGAAAUAUAAUAUUUACAUAACAUUGAUUUCAAAUGUGUAAUUCUGGAACUGUAAAUAGACAGGGUUUUAUAUGUUUGAAUCUUAUGUGAUCUCAUAUAUUUUGACUGACUUAUAUUUUGCCAACACAGGAGUAUCAGAGAUGUUUUUUGAUGUUAUGAAUUCACAAUUUACUAUAAUGAUUGGUGCCUGGAUACAGUCAGCAUGUUUUUGCAAAAUCUUUUUCGAUUUUCGAAUCUUUUUGAUUUUUUUUUAUUAUUCCUGCACAAAUUCAAAUAUAUCCUCUUAGGGAAUAUAACUUGGAAUGGACAAGCUGUCAUUUUGCAUGUCAUAAUACAUCCAAAUUUUGUCUAACAUAGAGGAAUAUGUAAGAUUUGAAAAUUGCCUGUUAAGUAUCUAAGAACUGAAAUGUUGAGUACCUAAGUAAAUAAGUAAUUCAGCAUUAAUGUGUGUACAGGUUGUCUUAUUUCAGUGUUAUUAAAAGCCUGUACUUCAUAUUAAAAGUAGCUGUGGCUUUAGUGUAAUUAUUUGUCAACCAGUAAUGCACUUAUAAUAUUAUUUAGGUUUGGGAGUUUCUCCCAUUGUGGCCCAUAAUGAAUGUACUUAUUAAGUGCUUCAUAAGAUAAAAA